AUGGCUGAAGAAAUGAAUGAUGGGCUUGCUCUUCGAACUAAUUCAUUUGAAAACUCACAUUCUUUUGCCAAUUUUGCAUUAAAAAUAGUAAAAGAGUCUAUAUUUGGAGGAUUUUGUUGUCUUUCUAUAGCAAAAAAAAAGACUGUCUACAAUCUAUCCAUACAAAAAUUUGUGAAAAUCUUGAAAAGUAUAAUUAUUUUUUUACAAAUAUCUCGGCUAAAUUGAAAAAUUGAUGCAGACCCAGAAAAUCAAAAGCUAGAGCAUUGGAAAAUCCUUGGAUAUGCGAGCUUUGACCAAAUUUUUGUUGAUUUUGGAAAUUUAAGCCUUUGUUUUAUAGGAUUUUCUAUUAUAGUAUGGAUAUGUACACUGUUUAUUGUAAUUUUUUCACUUAUGAGCCACUAUAAGAAAAAUAUAAGCGAAUAUUUAACUUUUUUCCCAAAAUUGCUGGUUAUAUUUUUGGCAACAAUAGGAUAUAUUCCUUUCCUAUUGAUUUUUUUACUAACAAUAAAAUAUUCAGUUAAGGAUCAAAAUAUAGUCGAGGAGUUUUGAAAAUGUGAGAACUGCAAUUUAAAUUUAUAG